UAAAGACUAUGAGAAGAGUAAAGAAGAGGAACACGAUGUCAAAAUUGAGGACAAAGUUCAUUUAAAGACUGAUGGUAUUUUAAAAGUGAGAGACAAGAGUUGUUUUACCUGCACUCGGUGUGGCAAGAGUUUCAGCCAAGCAUCAUACCUUACUAAACACAUGAUGAUCCACACUGGAGAAAAACCAUUCACAUGCCCUCAGUGUGGGAAGAGUUUCAGCCAAUUAUCAUACCUUACUAAACACAUGAAUAUCCACACGGGAGAAAAACCAUUCACAUGCCCUCAAUGUGGGAAGAGUUUCAACCAAUCAUCAAACCUAAAUCAACACAUGAUGAUCCACACUGGAGAGAAACCAUUCAUAUGCCCUCAGUGUGGGAAGAGUUUCAACCAAUCAUCAAACCUAAAUCAACACAUGAUGAUCCACACCGGAGAAAAACCAUUCACAUGCCCUCAGUGUGGGAAGAGUUUCAGCCAAUCACCAUACCUUACUAAACACAUGAUGAUCCACACUGGAGAAAAACCAUUCACAUGCCCUCAGUGUGGGAAGAGUUUCAGCCAAUCACCAUACCUUUCUAAACACAUGAUGAUCCACACUGGAGAGAAACCAUUCACAUGCCCUCAGUGUGGGAAGAGAUUCAGCAAAUCAUCAUCGCUUUAUAGACACAUGAAUGUCCACACCAGAGAAAAACCAUUCACAUGCCCUCAGUGUGGGAAGAGUUUCAGCCAGUCAUUAUACCUUACUAAACACAUGAUGAUCCACACUGGAGAAAAAACAUUCACAUGCCCUCAAUGUGGGAAGAGUUUCAGCAAAUCAUCAUCGCUUUAUAGACACAUGAAGAUCCACACCGGAGAAAAACCAUUCACAUGCACUCAGUGUGGGAAGAGUUUCAGCCAAUCAUCAUUCCUUAAUAAACACAUGAGGAUCCACACUGGAGAGAAACCAUUCACAUGCACUCAGUGUGGGAAGAGUUUCAACCAAUCAUCAAACCUUAAUCACCACAUGAUGAUCCACACUGGAGAGAAACCAUUCACAUGUACUCAGUGUGGGAAGAGUUUCAUCAGAUCAUCAUCGCUUUAUAGACACAUGGAGAUCCACACCGGAGAAAAACCAUUCGCAUGCCCUCAGUGUGGAAAGAGUUUCAACCAAUCAUCAUACCUUAAUAAACACAUUAGGAUCCACACUAGAGAGAGAUCAUUCACAUGCACUCAGUGUGGGAAGAGUUUCAUCCACUCAUCCCACCUUACUAGACACAUGAAGAUCCACACUGGUGUGAGAGAGUAUAUGUGCUUGGAGUGUGAGAAGACUUUUAUUACAGCUGCAGAAUUUAAACAGCACCAGAGGAUACACAUUGGAGAAAAACUGUACUAGUGCUCACUCAGCAGUAAGAGGUUUACUCACUCAGGAACCUUGAAAACACAUAAGUGGAUUCACACUGGAGAGAAAUCGUAGACAUGAUCAGUGUUUACAGAGUUUCACUCAUUCGGGGCAGCUUAAGAAACACAUGGGAUGGUUUCUGGUAUGGCGUCGACACGUGUAGCAGCAUAGAAAGAGCGCUCCCAUACACACUGGUAUUAAUCCUCCUUUUUACAUUAUUUAUGAUAACCUAAACCAUAUUUAAAUAACAUGGAGGGGGACAAAAACAAAAAGGCUCGGACAAAACAACCAUUAAAACUUGAAAAAAACGAGACCUCAACAGAAGCGGAGCAGCAAGUUGAAGAAUUGGAGGAAAACAUUGCUGAGGUGAAAGAAAUGCUCGAUCAAUCCAUCCAAAUUCAGAAAACUUACAAGAGAAACUGUUAGAUCGAGAAACAUGCUCCCGUAGAAAUAAUAUUCAGAUCUUUGGAACCCCGGAAGGAAGCGAAUGGAAUAAUAUCCAAGACUUGGUGGAAACGAUUUUCAUCACUUGACAAAUUGAACCUUAAAAUCCAACGUGUCACUGGCACUCGGACCAAAACCACCCACUGACGCCACCCUAGAUCAGUGGUGGUAUUCUUCCUGGAAUACAAAAUGUAGCACCUGGUUCUCUGCUCUGCAUGAAGAAAGUAAUACACUGGAAUGAAUAAAGGAUUUUCUUUGACCAAGACUACCCACCUGAGAUCCAACAGAAAAGAUGGGCGUUCGCUCCGAUAAGAAAAAUUCUGAAAGAAAAGGGGAUUAAGUUCCAAACACCACCGCCGGCGAAACUUAGAAUCUUUCUGGAAAACAGGCCCAUCAUGUACAAUUCGAUGACGGAGGCAUCAAGAGAUCUGAAAGAAUAAGGACUGAUAAACAGCAAAGAAGAAACUAUUAUAGGAAUCUCUGAGAAAGUGAAACAAAGACCUUGGCAAAAGGUUGGAGUGACAUCGAAGAAAAGUAAGGAAAAAAAUUUCAAAGGGACAACACUAGCUCCGUUUGAAAGAAGGGUAAAACCUGACAGAUCCUAACAAAGAACUCUGAGAGCCUGGUAAAACUUAUUGACUUGAUUCACCGAUGAUGGACAUUUAAAUCAUUUAAACGAAGAAUAGUAUUUAACCGAACUGACCAACGACACAAGAUGAACGAUUAAAGCACACCAAGACUCAUUGAGUAUUUGAGUAAUAUACUGGUAGGAAGACAUAAAGGGAUUCAAAUUUAUACACUUAAAAUCCCUUGCUAUAAUUAGAAAGUAGAAAAAAUUUAACUUUAAAACCUAGCCAGAAAUACAAGAAUAUAAUAUUGCCAGAUAUGGGCGCUGAAUAUAUUCGUUAACAUUUUUUUGUGCAAUAGGAACAGUAAGGAGGGGCCCUUGAGAGAAGGAAGGCUUUCCCCUCACAUUAAGAAGUUAUUUUAAAGAGCCCAUAUUAUGGGUUUUUGAAAAUGCCCUUCCAUGUAGUGUGUAACACAGCUGUAAGUGAAGUAAAAUUUCCAGCUAAGGCUUAAAUCUGUAAGUGUACAGUGUUUAAAACUGUUGAUUCAUCUAUAAAAGAGUCGACUCAUAGUGCUUCAAACGAGUCGCCUUGAUAACGAGUUAUUAGGUUUUUCGCAAUGACACAGCUACGAAACACAAGUAGUUGCGUGCGCAAACCUGUGAGAUUUGAAACCUGCGGCCCCGCCCACUAACACAGUAAAAAAGCCACACACACACAGACGCUGGUCGAAUGAAGUCACGCUGUGCAGAUGGAUAUUAUUGACAGUCUCUACCCAAAAAUGAAAGCUCAGCAUUAUAACCCAGCCUUGAGCAGUUCGAGUGCUUCUAGAAACUACAUGCUUACAAAGAAGACUUCAUCGGCCGUUUGUUAAAGAAAGGAUCAGAAAAGACUACUGAUGGACUAUGUCAGAACAUGGAUCAGUGCAUCAUGGAUCAGUUUCUUCCCCCAUUUCACAAGUGUAAGUACGUGCAAUUAAAAUUGUUGCCUCAUUUACUCUAGCUUGCAUGUAGUUGUGUUUUGUUACUUGUAACCGUGUGUACUGUAUCAGGUUAACUCUUUGUAUUCUCAUAUCACGUGUAAAGCCACGUUGAAAACUUGACGCAUGCCGAUUUGUUUACGGAUCGUCAGCUGUUCCUACACACGUUCAAAGGUCAAGUUUCAAAAUAGUUCAGCAGGUUUGAGGUGAGGUGUCUAAAUUGCACCCAUCAAGCUGAACUGGAGCUUUAGGCGAAUGGUGAUCACACCGGCCUCAACCCGAAAGUGCAUUCUCUGUUUUUGAAUGUUUUGGUGUUGUGUUCUCUGAGGAGGAGGGUUGUGUGUGUGUGUGUGUGUGUGUGUGUGUGAAAAGAGCAGGUAGAGUGUGACGGGAUAGGAGAUC